AUGUGCCAUGUGUCCCAGAGCCUGCCGACAGCAGCAGCCCACAACAAGGUGAUCCUCGGGGGCGCCUUUUCCCCUCCCCGUUGGGUGCAAGCACUGGGCGCAAUGUACAUUUGGCCUUUCCACUGCGUACCCUACCCCACCCCACCAUGCGCCAUCCACCAGCAUCUCCCCCCGCUCAACCUGCCCCACACACCUCCUCCACAGCAGCUGCCACCACCACACACCUGCAUCUCCAGUGCCACCCCUCAUUACCCCACCCUCACCUCCCCUCACCACCCUCCCCUCAUCCCCCUCUCCUCACCGGCCCCACUCACCUCCUCCACGUUAGGCGCCAGCACCACACACUUGGCCCUCCCACUGCGCACCACCUGCCCCACCUCCUUCAGCCCUGCCAGCACGCGGUGCCGCAUUGCUCCCUCCCCACACCGCCCGCCCCACCCCCUUCAGCCCCACACCGCCCGCCCCACCCCCUUCAGCCCCACACCGCCCGCCCCACCCCCUUCAGCCCCACACCGCCCGCCCCACCCCCUUCAGCCCCACACCGCCCGCCCCACCCCCUUCAGCCCCACUAGCAAACGGCACCUCAUUGCUCCCUGUGCGUGGGGAAGGACGGAGUGGGGAAGAAAGGGGAGGGGGGGCUGUGGCGGGGAAGGGGACCUCCUCGAACUGCAGAAAGCUUGUAUUCUCCUCCAGCCCUGCAAGCACACGGCGCCUCAUCGCUCCCUGUGCGUGGAGGGGGGGGGAGGGAGGAAAAUGGGAGGAUCUCCUUCAGCCUUGCAUUGCACUGCCUGCCGUCCUGCCGCCCCAUCGCUCUCUGUUCCCAGCCAUGUGUUGGCGGCCAAAGGCGGAUGGGAAUGGAUGCGACUCACCUGGAGGGGGGCUCACCUGGAGGGGGGCUCACCUGGAGGGGGGCUCACCUGGAGGGGGGCUCACCUGGAGGGGGGCUCACCUGGAGGGGGGCUCACCUGGAGGGGGGCUCACCUGGAGGGGGGCUCACCUGGAGGGGGGCUCACCUGGAGGGGGGCUCACCUGGAGGGGGGCUCACCUGGAGGGGGGCUCACCUGGAGGGGGGCUCACCUGGUGGGGGGCUCACCUGGUGGGGGGCUCACCUGGAGGGGGGCUCACCUGGAGGGGGGCUCACCUGGAGGGGGGCUCACCUGGAGGGGGGCUCACCUGGAGGGGGGCUCACCUGGAGGGGGGCUCACCUGGAGGGGGGCUCACCUGGAGGGAGGCUCACCUGGAGGGGGGCUCACCUGGAGGGGGGCUCACCUGGAGGGGGGCUCACCUGGAGGGGGGCUCACCUGGAGGGAAACUCUUAAGUCGACUCCAAUGCUCCUCGCCCCACCAGCUGCAUGCAUCCACGCCGGUGGUCAGCUGAGUUUGCCUUUUUGGCUUUGCUUCUCUUCCCCUCCCUUCUCUUCCCCACACUUCUCCUCCCCUUCCUUCUGCUCCCCUCCCUUCCCCUCCCCUCCCUUCGCUCCUCCCUUUCUCCUCCCUCGCUUUCGCCUCCCCACCCGCCUCCCAUCCACCUGCCCCUCAUUCACCUGCCCUCCCCUAACCUUACCUUCCCCUCUUCCCCUCCUGACCCUACUCUUGACUCUCCCACUCCCACCGCUGUGCCAGCGCACCCCCCUUCACGCCUCUCAUGCUCCACCCAUGCCGUGCCCCUCCCAUGCCUGUCCUCCGUCCCGCCCUCCCCUAACCUUACGCACCCCACUCGCCUCCCUGAGCUGUCCCUCCCCUCUGUCCCCUCGCUCCAUUUCCUCCACACCCAAACCACACGCGCCCACAUCCCCCCUUCCCCCUCCCCUCCCUGCGCCUCCCCUCCCCCGCUCCGCCUCCCUCCGCUCCGCCUCCCUCCGCUCCGCCUCCCUCCGCUCCGCCUCCCUCCGCUCCGCCUCCCUCCGCUCCGCCUCCCCUUCCCGCCCCGCGCGGCCGCUCGUCACCGCUGCCCCCAUAUGCGCUAUCCCUGCACUGGUGCGCACUGGCGUGGACUCUCGCGGAGGCGGCGGUAGAGGCGUGCGUGUGCGCAGCGGGCGGCGAGUAAGUGCCAAUGUUUGCCAAGCGGUGGCGUGA